GUAAUUACUGAUCAAUUGGAAAUCAAUUGCAUUUUAAGGCGAACUUGUGAAAUAUUUUCUUAUCAAGGGAGCAAAUAAAUAUAAACCUACAUGGAAAAAACAGUUAGCAUUGCCAAAAUACAGUGGUAUGAAAAAGUUUGGACAUUUUUAAGGUUUUUUUCAGUUCAAGGGGAGCUAUUAUGCUAAUUUUCAGCCCUUUGUAUUGACUUGUGGACUCCUAUAGAGCAGCUACACAUGAUAACCCGCACAGAAAGCUUUCUAGAUCUUCCAGAAUCAGCACCUAUUCAGACGUGGGCGCACGAUGCACAAACGGAACCACCUCCUCGUCCCGCUGCUCCUGCUGUGCGUGGACGUCUGCGCGGUGCGUGGCCUCCGCCUCCUGCAGCUCUCGAUGCUCCUGCCCAGGUUCCCACUUGUCGCCCUGUGGGCAGAGGAGCUGACCAGGGCCGGCCUCCUGCUCGUCACCUCCGUUUCCUGUAGAGGAGACCUCUCGUGGGCAAGCAGCUUAUUGGUGCUUUGCUUGCACCUCCCGGUCUACGUCAGCCUUCUCUCUGGGAUGGGGUGGUCCAGCGAGGAGGAGGUUUGGGGAUGGCACUCCUGGGAAAGGUUGUUGCAGAGCUACGUCGUGACGGCGGUGGCGUGGAUCUAUUGGAGUCAGUACGUCUCGCUCUGGACGUCCGUGAGCGGAGAAGCAGAGAAGCCCAAAGAGGACAUCGGGUCGUCUCUGAGGAGACUGAUUGGAUUCAUGCGACCUUAUCUCGGACGAUUUGUUUUUGUGCUGUUCCUCGUACUGUUCUCCUCCUAUGGUGAGAUGGCGAUCCCGCUGUACACGGGCCGUGUGACCGACUGGAUCACAAACCAAGAGGCGCCGGAAGCUUUCCACGAGGCCGUCAAGAUCAUGGCAACGAUGACUGCCGUCAGCGCGGUGCUGGAGUUUAUGGGCGACCUGGUGUACAUCUCCACCAUGCGGUGCAUCCACACAGCGGUGCAGGACAGUGUCUUCCAAGCGGUGCUGAAACAGGACAUCGCUUUCUUUGACGCCACAACCACAGGUGAGUUGGUGUCCCGCAUCACCAAGGACACGGACGACAUGAGCGAGGCGCUGAGUGAGAAGCUGAGCCUGGUCAUGUGGUACACGUCCCGUUUCCUCUUCCUCCUGUAUUUCAUGAUGACGCAGUCGUGGAAGCUGUCGCUGCUCUCCUGCAUGGGGCUGCCCAUCAUCUGGGUCAUACCCGAGUUCAUCGGGCGCUUCAGUCAAACGCUGUCCGCGAAGGUCCAAGAGUCGGUGGCUAAGGCCAACCAGGUGGCGACAGAAACCUUCUCCUGCAUCAAGACAGUGAAGAGCUUUGCCAACGAGGACGGCGAGACGCAGCGCUACAGGGAGGCCAUGGAGGAGAUUUACGGCCUACAUAAAAUACAGGCUGCAGUUUAUGGAAUAACGACAUCGGCCAAUAGCUUGAGCACGUUAGCCAUGAAAGUGUGCAUUCUGUACUACGGGGGGAUGCUCGUGACGAGGGGGGCAGUCAGCAGCGGAACGUUGGUCUCCUUUGUCCUCUACGAGCUGCAGUUUGCUUCUGCUGUGGAGGCCUUCAUGCAUUCUUACCCAGAGGUGAGGAAGGCUGUCGGCGCCUCCGAGAAGAUCUUUGAGUAUCUAGAUCGGAAACCUCAAAUACCCCCGGAGGGAACUUUGGCCCCAGCGAACCUGGAGGGACACGUCCAGUUCAAGAAUGUUACUUUUGCCUACUCUCAGAGCACUGAUGACGACAGCCUGGUCCUCAAGAACGUUUCCCUGGAAAUAAAACCCGGGUGCAUCACGGCACUUGUGGGUCUCAACAGAUCAGGGAAGUCCACCUGCGUCAAACUGCUGGAGAGGUUUUACCAAGCCCAAAGCGGGGAGAUCCUGUUGGACGGGUUGCCGUUGCAGAGUUAUCAAGAUACUUAUCUUCGGCAGAAGAUCGCCGUGGUGAGCCAGGAAUGUCUGCUGUUCGCUCGCCCCGUGUGGGAGAACAUCAAGUAUGGCUGCGAUGCCAGCGACGAGGACAUGUACCGAGCCGCCCGCCUCGCCAGCGCCCACAGCUUCAUCACGGCGCUGUCAAAGGGAUACGACACAGACGCUGGCGAGAAAGGAGCACAGUUAUCCGGAGGGCAGAGGCAACGUAUCGCCAUCGCCAGAGCCUUGAUCCGACGACCCAAGAUCCUGAUAUUGGACAACGCCACCAGCGACUUGGACACGGAGAAUGAACAUCAGGUCCACCAGGCUUUGCUGAGCCAAGGCAAGGAGUGCUCCGUGCUGCUCAUCUCUAACAAGAUGAGUGUCGCCAAGAAGGCCGACCACAUCGUCGUCCUCCACAACGGGAUGGUGGAGGCACAGGGUUGCCAUGACGAGCUGCUGAAAAGAGGUGGCCGUUAUGCUGAACUGGUGACAAAGGAGGGGCACUGAGAUUGUGGACAUAAGGAGGCAGUGCCUUAAAGCCUAUGUUCCCAUAGUGAGGUCCAUGUACCCCCAGAGGGGUACACUAAUUGUCAUACGGAGUAUGUGACUAAAAACGAAAAACAAAUUAUCGCCUAACAUUCACAAUUACAAGUGAACGCCUCAUGGUGCAAGGAGAAGGCAGCAUUGAAGUUGUUUGCUGCUCUUUGUGCAUCACAUGGCCAAAUAAGAACAUUUGAUGAUUAUUUUGUCGAGUAAGAACGUCAUAUGUCUGAAGGGGUGUGUGACUGUAAUGCGUUUAGGAACUAAUGCCUUAAAGCAGGGGUGCUCACACUUUUUCAGCAUGCGAGCUACUUUUAAAAUGACCGAGUCAAAAUGAUCUACCCACUACAAAAAUGCAAAACAUCUAUUUAUUUUCAAAUGUAUUGAGGAUUAUUUGUACGUACAAUGUAUGUUGAUGUACCUUACAUAACCAAAUGAGCCAAUAUUGCAAAACACACAUAAUUAACUAUUAACAUUUUUUGUAAUUACCUGAGUUUACUUUGAUGACUUGCACUGAAUUGAACCAGCCAGGGAUGCAUAGUCCGGACAGUAGCUGCUGAUGGCCAGCCUCAAGCACACUUCCAAAUGUUUAUCAGUCAUGGAUAAUAUCCAUAUCAUAAUAUCCGUAUAAUAUUCCAUAUCCGUAUGGAAGUGAUAUGUUUUUUGCCUUUUUACUUGGUCCAGUUUUUGCCUUUUUACUUGGUCCAGCUCCUUCACUCAUUUUAGUGACCAUAAACUUUAGCGAGGGCUUUAAAAUCUAACGCAAUUCGCCGACUAGCUUAGCACUUUGCAUCGUUGUUUACGCAUGAGCGGUGACCUAAAGGUCAAAAUUCAGUUGUCAUCUGACUGGUUGUCCUGUAUGUCAAUCAAGUAACGGGGAUGGAUGAUAGGCUGACAUCGUAAGUUCUGCUGCACUUAGAGACGUCGUUUGAUUUGAUUGGUCGCCCGAAGGGCAACAUUCAGUUGUCAUCUGAAUGGCUGCCCUGUAUAUCAAUCAAGUGACGGCAUUGAUGCUGGGAUGAUAUUUUUUUAAUGUCACGCCGCGAUCGACCAGCGAUCGACCGGUAGCUCGCGAUCGACUUAAUGAGCACCCCUGGUUUAGGAACUACUGUCUUAAAGGGUGUCAUAUAGACUCUAUGACCAUUUUUAGCUGCACUGUACCUGCCUGGCUCCAUCUUAUCUCUAGCAUACCUGCCGUUGAGCCAACUUGUGUUCCUACAGCGGCGUUCUAAGUUGACUUAUACCUAAAUGAACACCUUGCACUGUGCCCAAAACACACUAAGGACAUGAAAAAAUACAGUCACAAAAAGAUGAAAUACAAAAAAGUUAUCACUGUCCUUUCAUCAGCAGAUCACAUAUUCAAUGAUAUCAUCUUUCUCCUUCAUGAUGGUCCAGUGUCGGUCCGUGUUUAUUCACUUUCCCAGAUUUAUAAAGGUGGUGGCUUUCCUUUCCUUUUCUUUUCCUUGCACCUGGCGAGGAAGAGGGAGGGGAAUGUUGUCCUGCCUUCAUGUUGCUGCGCAGGACUACAUAUUCUUCUGCUGUGCUGACAUAACUACAAUAAUCCCUCCUUUACUGCGAUGAAUUGGUUCCACACCUGACCGUGAUAUGUGAAUUUCCACGUAGUACCACUCCUUAUUUGUAAAUGGAAUAUUUUUGUUAUAAGAAAAGACCUUCUAAAUAUGUUUUGGAACAUUAUUAGUGCCCUCUAGAUAUGAAAUAGCAUACCAUAGUGACCUUUACACUCAUAUUACCUAAUAUAGUAAACAUAAGAGAAAGUAAGGCUCAUGUGGGUUGCUGUAAAUGUGUUCUGGUGGAGGGCGGACAGGAAAUGACAUUGAGGUUUGUGAUUGAGUUUUAGCUUGGCUUGGGUUAAGGCCAUGGUACUAUUUGUAAGUACGGCCUCAAACCAGGGGUAAGUAGAGCAGGGCUCCGACUGCGCAGUGGGAAACCAGCAUUAAUUGUUAGAGUAGUAGCUUUUUUUUUUUCUUUUUACAAUUUUCGAUGUGCAUCUUGAAGCCAUUUGUACCAUGAGCCCUCAUAAUUGCAGGGAGAAACAAUUGGUGCUAAAUUGUUCACAAAUAAAUUUUGAUAUGUAUUUGCCCAA